AUGUGGCAGGCAGGUUUAGGACCCAAAUGCAGGACGCAGAACACAAGAGAGUUGUGGGGCUCUGUGCAGGACGGCGCCUCGUGUCCACACGUCCGGUCCUUCCUGUCCUCGGUGGAUCAGUUUGUCAGUAAUCUGAGCUCAGCCCGACUGAACAUGGAGAGAAAGUUCCAGCUGCAGCACGUGGAGCUUCCUGACGCCAUCAGCCAGCUGAGCAGCCCUGCAGACUACAGAGCAGCAGCCAAUAACAGUGAGCUGGUGGGGCGUCUGGAGGAGGUGUUGACCCUGUGGACCAAUCAAAUCGAGCAGGUGCUGACGGAGAGCGAGCAGAUGAGGAAAGAGGCCGACGAUGUCGGGCCGUCGGCCGAGCUGGAGCUCUGGAAGAGGCGCACGGUGACCUUCAACAGGCCGGUGCUGCUGCAGAGAAUCUCUGACUGCUGUAAUCUGAAUGCGGCGUAUCAGCGAAGCUUCCACAGCGUCAGAGACAAACUGAGAGAAAACCCUGAGAACAGACAGUUUGACUUCAGUGAGAACUACAUCUUCGGGAAGUUUGACUCUUUCUGCCGCCGUCUGGAGAAGAUGGCCGACAUGGCGUCCACGCUGGAGAGCCUGGCUGCUCUGCAGAGCAUGAAGGUGGAGGGCAUGGAGAAGAUCUGUGUUCGCUACCAGACCAUCGUCUCCACAACUGAAUCCAAGACCUGUGACAUCCUGGAUCACCGCAAACUGGAGGUGAUUUCAAAUCUAUAUUCUUUAAACACAUUAAUCACUUUUAUUAUAUAUGGGAAAAAAUAA